AGGCAUAUUGCCCGUCUCCAUGCAAGUGAACUCAGUUCCAUGCACCUUUGCCAGAGUCAGGCUGAAAAGCUUCAUGCAGUGACAUACGCAUUUGGGCGAGCACUCGGUCAGCACGUAUCUUCCCCGUGAUGUUUUGACAUGGAGUUAGCUUUCCGACUAUCGGAACAAGAAAAUUUUCUAGAGAGAGAUCCCAAGAACGGGUCUUGGGUUUUGUGCGUAUCACCUGCUCGACGAAUUGCGGGGGUGGUUUCGCGUUCCGAAUCACACUCGAGAUGGACGAGUUUUUCAAGAACCGAAUGUUUGCAACGCACGCGGUCGCCGCCGCUGCUUCAGUCACUUUUGGAACGGCUCUCACUUACCCGCUUGAUACGAUUAAGACCCUUAUGCAGGUUGGUUCUGGCUCAACUAAGCAGUUGACUCCAACUCAGGCUGUGGAAAGAGUUCGGGCUUUGUCUGGAGGUUUUGGAGGACUUUACAGUGGCUUUGGAUGGCUGAUGCUGGGGAGAACAUUUGGUCUAGGAGCUCGUUUUGGGUUUUACGAAAUUCUAACAGCUUUUUGUAAAGAUGGUCGGGAAGACAAUUAUGUGUAUGUCUCUGAGGCCCUUUUGGCUGGACUUGCUGCUGGUGCAGCAGAAUCACUUAUAAGCUCUCCAUUUGAACUUCUCAAACUACGAUCACAGGUUGGCACUGCUUCUCGCGUUUCGUCCUCUGCAUACAUCAGAGCAGAGCGAGCUGCUUCACCUGUAAUUGAAAGGUUACUACGUGGAUAUAACCCAGAUAAGGGAGUUUUGAGCGAGUAUGUGGGCCUUUUGUCCACCUUAACCACCAGGCAUCCCAAUAUGGCAGCCGCCUUGCAAGAGUACCCAUGGAUGAUGACUGGGUCUGGCAGGCCACCUUCCAUAUGUGAUGUAAAGAGGUCAUCAGACAUCAUAUCUUUGGAAGGUUGGUCAGCACUAUGGAGAGGGCUCCGAUCUGGAAUUGUUCGAGAUUCCUUUUAUGCGGGCAUAUUCUUUACUAGUUGGCAGUUCAUGCACCGAGCUAUGCUUGACUGGAAGGCAGUAGGGAUGGAUCCUAAACCAAGUUCUGAUGAAGAAAUUGGUCCGUUGUCUCCUCUAGCUGUUAGUCUCUCGGCUGGAUUUUCUGGAAUGAUUGCUGCUGCAGGUUCUCACUGUUUUGACACUGCCAAGAGUCGGUCGCAAUGUAUUGUGCUACCUAAGUAUAUCACUAUGGAAAGAAAGCUUCUUAGAUGGAAUACACCAGGUAGCAGAUUUGAGAGAGCAACUGGCAUCCACCCUUCUGACCGGAAUCUUCUCUUCCGCGGAAUUUGGAUUCGAAUGGCUCGUAGUGGGAUUGCAUCCUUCAUGAUUGUUGGUGGUUAUUUCUUUACUGUAGAUCAUCUAAUUACAAGUUGAAUGGAUAGGACUGAUUGUUUGAUAAACUGCAGAGAUGGUAUCAUUUGAUGAUUAUGCAUUUGAUUUCAUUUGGUUCGGCUCAAUUGCGAAGAACAUGAAAUGGCUCAUGUACUACUCAG